CAUCCUGCCGAAGCUACUGACUAUGAACAUGCGAACCAACUAGAACGUGUCGUUCGGAAACCCAUCGUACCCUAUAACAUCACGCACCAGUUCUAUAAAAGUUUCAGUUCUCGUCGAAUAGCUCAACCGAGUGGAGCACACAUAAAGAUUACGCGAAAUUUGGAAACCCAAGCUACAAGCUGCACAGUUGUGAACGUGGAAUUGUUACAAAUCUUUGCAUUCUUAAAGAAAGUCAUUUUGUGAAUAGAGUACAAUCAUAGCAACAUGUGGAAGAGUGUAGUGUGGAUAUCCCUGUUACUUGGAUACAGUUACGCAGGUGUCGCUUCUUGGAGUGAGGAUAUCUCAGUGCAUAACAAUGCGGCCGUCACUGGAAUACACUAUUCGCAGCAUGAAUCAUCGGUAAAUGCUGCCCGAAAAGCGGCAGCAGAGCGUUUGCAACAGCUACAGACAGCGUCUCUGGUGGCCGGCGGAGGUACUACUGGACCAUGUGACACUCUCUGCUAUAAUAGCUACACUGCCGAUGGUGCAAGUGAUGCAGAAACGGUUGGACAAGGCAUUGUGGGAUUCACAUCUACCGGAACAGCAGGUGCCGUUGGAUCUUCACAGAAAUAUUCGGCUAGUUCAUCACGAAUGUCCGAGUCGUCCGUACAGAACGCGCAUGGUCCGGUUGUCUAUCCAGCUGUAGCAUCGACAUCAGGUGUAAGAUCUACCUAUUCUAGUUCAUCCUCCUCCCGGCACAGUUCGGGAUUAGCACAACCUGCUGCAGCGGCACUGUACAGCGGCACUGAUCAUGGUCGAACUCACGUUAACGUUGGGCAGCCGCUGGUUUACACUGUUUCCGCACCACAAACGCAUGCUUCCCAAAGUAGCUAUGAGCGAACGAGCAACGAACGAUCGGUUGUGAGCCGUCCAGUUGUGUCCAAUGUAGUAUAUACUCCGGUUCCAGCAGCUGCGACUUCUAGCAAUAGUUUUAAUGCACGUUCCAGUUUCUCCGCAGCCUCGAAUGAACAGCAGUUUGUACAACCGGUCACAUAUCCGGCAGCUAGCAGUGACUAUACCGGACGCUACAUAGCUCAACAGGAUCAUCAGUAUAGACCAUAUCAAGCGAAAACGUACGUCCUGUACUCGAAACCGAUCAGUUCUUCUGUGUACUAUGCUCCGUCACGAUCACGAACCGAGGAGAGUGCUUCUACAACAUCUUACGAUGCUUCCGGACGAGUGGUAAACUUGAACGUUGUCCAACCGGUACAAUCCGAGCGUGUAGAUGAACGGAAGUCACAAGAGGGUGCCGAAUCGGUCCAAACUGUACAGCGCCAAUCGGAUCUCUAUCCAGUUCGGUCGUCGAUCGAUUUUCAGGAAAAGGUAGUAAAUCAAGAGCAGGACUAUGAGGAUGUAGUUGAUGGUGCAACCGAGAGGUCGAUUACCCCAACGAUUCCGACCUCCUCGUCCACCACCUCGCAGCGCCGUGCAGAGCAACAAAGUUCCUACGUUCGAACGGGUUCAUAUGUACCCAACACUGGUUCAUCCACUCGGUACAGUACAGCUCAUUCAGCUGACUCUCAGCGUCGCCAAACAUAUCAGUCCUCUCCAACGUACGUCGCUGCCGUUCCUGCAUCGGGACCUGUUUCCGCGUCCAAGUUUGAAAGUGCCUCUGAAUCUCAACACCAGCAGCAACGACACUCGCAAAACACACUCAACGUUCCGCUCCUUGUCCAGCCAGUUCCCGCAGGUGCUUCGUCCACAGCUAGUCGGUACGCAUCCUCAACACAGGAACAUCGCUCAGGUGCUAGUGGACCUGCCUACUACGCUCCAGCUGGCGCAACAUCAUACGGUUCCCAAUACUCUAACACGGCCGCUCACAGUUCCUCGCACAACAGUCGCUACAAGGCUGGCAGUGGUGGAGGCUUUGUGCACUAUCCCAUCACGAACGAUGAAUACGGUCGACGGUUCGGGGCAGUUGGCGGGGCAGGCGGUUUCGGUGCGGAAACAGAUCUACGGGACAUUAUGAGCGAAUCGGAGUCGCUUGCCCGGUUGCAGGCACAGAACGUGCACAAUGGUGCCGUGACGGGAAGUGGAACGUUCGAUGCGGAAACACGAUUCGGUGGUGACUCCGAAGGAUUGGGCACGAUGCCUGGUGGCUUCCAGCGCACCAAAUCUUGGUCCAGCAGUUCCAAGUGGGCUUCGGAACAGAGCUAUGGUGACGGCGGUAAACCGAAGACGUACAGCAUGCUUUCGACGGCGGAAAGCGAAAAACACAACAUAAAUGGAAAGACGACCGGUUACAAGGCAGCCACCACGACCCUGGAGGACGAUGGAAAGGUCAGCACGUACAGUCUGCACACCACGUAGAAGGUCGAUCGUUUUGCCGUUCUCGAUUCAGGAUUCUGGUUCAGGUUCUGUUAUUAUUUUGCCUGGCGUGUUUAUGUUGAUUUCAUUAAGCAUUAACUUAUGUAGGUUGUAAGUCAUACGAUCAAUAAAAUUCGAAAAUUCAUCCUUAA